GGAAGUGAGAUCUUUGUUUACUUUUUUAUUCUUUGGUGAAACCGAGGUAGAUUCAAGUCACAAUCAUCGUAACAUAACCAAAACCGAAACAUGUUUUUGUGCAGGACGAGAAUACGUGCAGGGAAACUCCAACAGGCCACUUCACACUUACUGCAGUUGCGUUGUUCGUCUUCCAUCAAAGAUGACAACAGUUCUCAAGGCUUUGGAAACUACGAAGAGCUGGACGACAAACUCAUUGAAGCCAGAAAGAAAGACAUGCCCGUGUCGGACAUGGAGAACCCGUUCACGAAGGAGAAGGUGCAGUGCGUCCUGUGCCGCCUGAGGAUCACGCCGGACUACAAGAACGCGAAGCUGCUGUCGCAGUUCGUCUCCCCGUACACGGGGCGCGUGUACGGCCGCCACGUCACGGGCCUCUGCCUGCAGCAGCAGAAGACGGUGGAGGAGGAGAUAGUCAAGUCGCAGAACGCAGGUUACAUGGCGUAUUACCUGAAGCAAGUGGAAUUCCUCCACGAUCCACAUUUGUUCGACCCAGAGAAACCAAUCAGGCCGCACAGAUUUUAACGCUCACACCACUGUCUCAGUGUUUUGUAAGCCUGUAUAUGUGUAAUGUCAUAUAUUGAAUGUUUUGUGAACUUUGAUAUGAAAUUAGAGAUGGCAGCAUGUGAAUCGAGGGAGAGUGGUCUCCGCUCCUGGAUUUUUUUUAAUAUGUAGCACUGUAGCAUACAGUGCAUUUUUAGUGUGUGUGAUUAAAACAUGAAAAAGUGCUUA